UUUAUAAAGGUAUCGCACGGUGCAAUAUUGUUGUAGUCACAAGCAGAGUCACAAACACAAUCUUCUUCUUCUUCUUGUGUCUAUGGCUGCGGAGCAGGGUGAUGGAUGCUCCUCCAUCUGCGUACCCCUUCUGGGUGAUGAAAAAGUGCAUCAACUGAAUGACUCAAAUAUUGACGAUGUGGCCAAAACUGGUGAUCUACACUGCACACUUCAUGUGGGUAACACGUCCUUUUUCAAGACCUGCUUCCAUCUUAUUAAUGCCAUCUCAGGAGUUGGUAUUUUAUCGAUACCUUAUGCAUUGGCAUCUGGGGGAUGGUUAAGCAUAUCACUGCUAUUUGUGAUUGCCAUUGCUUGCUGUUACACUGGCAUAUUGGUCAAAAGAUGCAUGGAUAUGGAUCCUGAUAUCAGGACCUUUCCUGACAUAGGUCAACAUGCAUUUGGAGACAAGGGUAGGCUAAUAGUAUCAAUUGCCAUGAAUUCUGAGCUCUACCUAGUUGUAACAGGUUUUCUGAUUUUAGAGGGUGACAAUCUAAACAAACUAGUACCAAACAUGCAACUAGACCUUGCAGGGUUAACACUUAGUGGUACAACAAUUUUUACCAUAAUUGCUGCCCUUGUUAUUUUGCCUACUGUUUUGUUAGAGGACCUGAGCCUGCUAUCUUUUGUAUCUGCUACUGGGGCUUUAGCUUCUUCCAUCUUCAUCCUCUCUCUAUUUUGGAAUGGCACCAUUGAUGGAACUGGAUUUCGUGGAAAGGGAACACUUUUUAGAUGGAGUGGAAUACCUUCUGCUGUCAGUUUAUAUGCCUUCUGUUAUAGUGCUCAUCCAAUCCUUCCCACCCUCUACAAUGGCAUGAGAAACAAAAGUCAGUUCUCCAAUGUCCUAUUUGUAUGCUUUUUACUAUGUACUCUUGGUUAUGCAGCAGCAGCUAUUUUGGGGUACUUAAUGUUUGGAGAGGAGGUUGAAUCACAGGUGACUUUGAACCUACCAACAGGCAAGUUCAGUUCACAAGUUGCAAUAUACACUACCUUGGUCAAUCCCAUAGCCAAAUAUGCAUUGAUGAUUACUCCUGUCAUGAAUGCUAUAAAAAAUAAAGUUUCAUGUCAUUACAGCAAAAGGCUCACUCAUAUGCUUGUUAGUACUUCAUUGCUCAUUAGUACUCUUAUUGUAGCCGUGGCCAUUCCCUUAUUUGGAUACCUCAUGUCACUUGUUGGAGCAUUACUAAGCGUCUCGGCUUCAAUUUUAUUGCCAUCAGUGUGCUACUUGAAAAUUUCAGGAGCUUACAAGAGAUUUGGGUCUGAAAUGAUCAUCAAUUAUUCAAUAAUAUUAAUGGGGGUUACUAUUGCUGUUGUAGGUACUUACGCAUCUCUUAUGGAUAUAGUUCAGAAUUUAUAAGUUUCAGUUGAAAGCUUUAAUUUCCAUCUGUAGGCUGCUACAAUUGGAACCUUUUUGCCUGCAAUAAACUACAAUAUUUCUUUAUAUACCUUUGUUUAUUAUAUAGACUCUGGGAUCAAAAGUAAAA